AUGAACAGUUCUUCGGAUCUCAUAGAAGAGCAGCAACCGGAAUUUGUUUUUCCUAAUCCAGAGAUCAUUGCAUCCUCACAUGACCUGGGUAACCCUCCUAUUGUAUCGGGGCCAGAGCUGAAUUUACCUACUCAAAAACCAAAUCACAAUGAAAGGAUUUGCCAUGCUGAGCCUCAGCUACCUUCAAAUAGCCGCAUAGAGGACAAUGAACGACGUCGUAAAGACUUUAGCAGGUAUGUUAAGGAGACUGCAACAGUGGAGUUGCAGGUGGAAACCAUGACAAGUAAUACCACACGCGUCUUCCUCGUUUCCUGGUAUGUCGUCCUCAUCGUCUCUCUUGUUAUACAGACAUAUGUAGGCUUUCAGUGGAGUAUGCGGAAUUUCUGCGAUGCCGAGUCAUGCUCUUUUACGAAUUUUAGUAUGUGGAACAGCAGUCUUUGUUUAAAAUCUCUGAUCGAAUGCGUGCCGGAAGACUCGGAAAUACGCGCUUUGGAAAGUGCGCAGGAUUCCUCGUUGACGGUAUCGAGUUCGAUAAAGCUUAACGAAACAAUCCCGCGUCGAAACUCCUCGAAGAGGAGGAAGAUGUGUUUUAGGACAAAACAAAUGACCUUCGUCAAAUCGGAUACAUAUGUCAAACAUAAGGAUAAAGAUAGUACUUCUUCACAGAACAAUAGGCUCUUUAAGGAUUCGCCCGCUGACACUACGAGAGAUAUAAAGGAAGCCUCGCCAACUCAUCCGAAUAGAGAUCUUAGAGGAGUGCAAUUUUCUUCAUCGGCCAUAACAACGAUGAAUACCACAAUAGCUGGGCUGAGAUGUCCACCAAACGCGAGGGAGGUUUACUAUUUGCGUUGGGAGGGAAUCAAUUUUGGUAGCCUUGCUAACGUCAAAUUGAAUCGUUUUGCUCAUCUGGUAUUGAGCUUGGCGUCACCGAUGGCACGCAUCACCCCAUUGGGAUCUAAGCACCGCACCUACCAAUUACUAGUGCUCCUAGAAGAAAUGCUCUCAUACAAUACCACUUUGCCUUUAGUGUUGCUUUCGAAUUCAUCUCAGCGAUAUGUAUACCGAACCUUUGUGACAUGCCAUUUUGACGAAUCACGAUGUGCGACUGUGGUGGUGCCGCCGAGUGUGGCGCUGCCUACUUCGAACUCAACGUAUACGUUGACGUUGCUUGAUGUGGAUGCGGAACUGGGUGAUGCGGCCGUUUCGGAUUCCUUUGUUGGAUUAAUCUAUCAGCGAGGGAUCUACACUAUGGCUACAAUGAUUUGGCGUUACGGUGGUAUAAUCUUCACACUGCUUUUGAUGGUUCGAUUUUUAUCACACAGUUGGCACUCGAGCAUGCUCUAUGAGCAAUACUGUGUGCUUUUUCUUCAAUUCGGCCUUAUUCUUUAUCUGAACCCGCUCUUUGGCUUCGGUAUUUACACUACAGGCAAGCUAAAAGGAUGGCUGAAUUUCUUUGAGUUCCAUAUUCCAACAUAUUUUGUUGCCUUGCUCUUUUGUUUUAUGUUCGCCGUCUUCGCUGCCACAGUUGAUUGGGGUGCUGCCAGACAUGACUCUGACAGAGAUGAGGAGGAGGAGGGAUGCACUGAGGGGUUCGAAGGUGGUAGUGAGCCAAAUAGAGUGAGUCAUAGAGGUAAACACGAGCCCAUACGUAACCCCAUCUCUUGCGAUACGACGGAAGCCUUGGCAACUGCAGCUGGAGCGCCUUUGUUGCACUCAGUUGGCGGUGCACACGUGCCCCCGCCGAUAUCGGUGAGUCUUGGCUUACUGGCCUACUUCACACUCGUUGUCUGUUUGGAUAUCGCUAAGGCUUUCCAGGAGGACUGGAGCUGGGGGACCGAAUCAUUCUGCACGACACAUGUCUGCCUUUUCCUUCGCCACGCUAUGCAUGCCGUGUUGCUCGUUGGGUUUCUUCUCACAGGUGUUGCCUUUUUCUGGAUGAAGCGCAACCUUAGCAGACGGUCGUAUCUUGAGAGCCGACCGCAGCAACUGGCUGGGCGUAUUAUUAUUUUUCUAUUCUCCUCGAGCCUCGUAUACAUCUUUGUCCAGGCUUAUCUUGUAUAUCUAUUGUACCCACAGAUACUGACGAUGGCUUAUUAUCGGCCUCUUCUUCAGCUUUCCCCAUUAACGGUAAGCAUUUUCUUUGUAAAUCACAUGACCUUUGUGUAUACCACCACACGCACCUCUAGACGAGUUCCGAUUCGCCCUGAUGACCCAGAAUGGAAGCGAAUCAUGUGGCCGAAGCGAUGGUUUCAUUGGCUUCAGUGCCAUGGUGGGAGUCGUUAUAUUUUUUUUAGUGAGGCCGAAGAGCGCCGUUUUUUUGAGAUUCAAGAUGAAGCAAGGCGGUCCAGUACCACGGAUAGCAUUAGGGAAGUCUCCCGCCGCCUAGUUCCUCAUCACCAUUAUCAUCAUCAUCGUGGCAGUGGUGUGCUGCCGCGCCAGGAGCACCAAAACGAUGACGUAGACUUGCCGUCAGAAACUUCCGGCUUGCUGAUGGACAACGCCGACGAGGAGAAUUGCGACGCAAAGAGUAGAUGUUUUCAUUCUGCGGCGUGUUUUGCGGCUGGGAAUGCUUCGCUGACGCGAAGCCAUGUGAACCUUUCCAAAAGCAGCAGCAAUUACAACAUGGAGGACGACCAAGACGCCGCAUCCGCCGGCUCGAAUGACAACUCAACUGAGGUGUCGUUUCGUGAGGUAGACCCUCAUCUCUUGCCGAUGGGAAUGCGGAAGGGAGGAGAGUUUGUCGGUUCGACGCCUUCUUUCAUGGGGGGAAGGGUGCUAGAUCGCCCGCUACAGGUGCUCCUGCGGGCUGGGCAGAGACACCAGAGGAGGGCCACACACCACCGUUACUACUUUUUCAAUCUCGAGACGGCUAUUGAUUGCUUCAACAUCUCUUGGGAGGCGUACGCGGUGGUGGAGGGCGGGGACGAGCUUAGAACGGUUGAGCUAUCACCUUCGGGGGCGAUACCCUCAUCAACGGAACGCAUCGCCCGACGCGUGUUGACUUACUUUUUUGACUGGCGAAGUGCAAGUAGCGCGACGGCGGAAGUGGUGGGCCGCCCACAAUCUGAGGCUGUGGCGGCUUUGUCAGUGUCACCACAGGCAUCCCAUACGCCAGCUCCCGAAAUUCUGGGAGGCAGUGAAACAGAUAAAAUAAGCAACCGAGCCGGCGCAGCCUUGUGCCACCGGUCAACUUCUCCCUCCACUCUUGCCCUACCUGCAACUGGGCUCUGCUCACCUCCACCUUCACCUUCACCUUCACAAGACCACGUCAAUAGCCUGCUAAAACAAAGCAUCACAACAAAUUCCCCUGAUACUGAAAGAUACGCACUCAAUGGCGGAAGUCCAGCUGCUGGUGUUGAUUCAUGUUCGACGACCGCAAAGGCUCUUCACCCGCAAGUUAUGAUGCGGAAUGCUCGCACGUUUUGCCCCGAGCGUUUUGGAUACAAGCGGUUGGCUGUGAUUGAGGUUCGUGAGAUGCAGGUAAUCAUCACCCAAUUAGAUACGACCCUCGCCCAUCACACUGGGAAGGUCCCACGAAUCAUGGUCGCUUUCCGUGGCACCCACAAUGUCAUGAAUGCGCUUCACAAUUUGAAGAUGCGCAAGCGCGUGUGGAAGGAGAUGGAGACCGGCGCUCUGAUGUCGAACCCACGGGCCCGUGUCCACAGUGGUAUCUUGGAGUUGUGGAUGUCGCUCAAGGAGAGAGUCCUCGGCACAGUUUUGAUGGCCCUAGGACGUGUUCACCAGGGCAACUACAGUACUUUGCACGAGGACAACCAUGGCAGCGGUGCGAAAAGCCCAUCACGUGCGUCGUCGUUUGGAAGCUCUGUCCCUAUUGACACAAACUGGCCAUAUCCCCUUCCUGGGACCAAGAAGUAUUACGCGAUCUAUACAACGGGCCACAGUCUGGGUGGGGCACUCGCUUGUCUUUGUGCGUACAGCUUGCAUCGUGCGCUAUCCUUGGUUCACUACCCUAACACGGACAUUACCGUGUAUACCUUUGGGCAGCCGCGCUUCACCAACCGGGCCUUCCAGCGCGUCUACAACCGCGCCGUCCCCUGUACCUUCCGCGUGGUGAACGAGGACGACGUAGUUUCCUACUUCAACGUGUUCUCCGGGCAUCAUGUCGGGAUCGAGGUCGACAUCGACCGUCGUGGAAACUACGUCUGUCGCCCGACGAUGGUGGAGCGCACGUUUCGCCCAACGAGUGGCAUGGGGUUUGCGGUGCAGCACCACACGAUGGAAGCAUACAUGAGUUCUCUGAAUGCAAUCGCGGAGCGCCAUGCACCUGCCGCGUGCUCGGUGAGAUGCAUUGCAUCAUACGUCUAUCCCAUACCAAAUGGAGACAAACGAAGCAGUGAUGAAAGGAAAGGUUUCGAGGGCAAUAUCACGGGUGGUAUACUACCACUAUCGGGGAUCAAAGAUGGAGAUGUGUGA